AUGGACGAGCUGUACAGCGUGGGACAGAAAGUCGCACAGGACAAUGCUGGUGUCAUGGAUCCCGAACUUCUCUCCAGCGCUUUGGGCGGAAGUCCAGAGAAGCUGGCAGAGCUCUUGGCGGGCGGAGGCAGCAUGGAAGAGUACCUGCAAAGCUACGAACAGAUGCUUCAAGAAGGCGUUGCGCCAACUAUGGGCGGGGGUGCCAUGCUCGACCAGGUGGAUCCGGAGGGUGGCAUCACCACCCGCCCGGAAGCUGGUUUUGUCGUGAAGACGCGCGACAACGAUGCGGGCACCAAGAUUUUCAUCAACGUAGUGUCGAGCCCUCACAUUGAGGAGCCCCACAUGAAAAGCUACACGGAGCUGGAUGGGGAGCAGGGCUGCCGUGUGCCCCUCUCCAUAGGCGUUGCCGUGGAGGACUUCGACAAGAAGGGCGAGCCUUGUGUGACAUACGAUGUGGUCGCAAAUCCAAAGGUCGUGGAAGAAUGUUCGGCGGAGCCAGCUUUCCGAGAACAGGUAGUGCAGCUUUGCUUGGCUGCGGUGUCUCAAAAGUACAAACUGCAGCUUGAUCAAAGGUUCAAGCUGCCAAAGAUCAAGUACAAGGGCACCACAGUGCAGCUGCAAAGAAUUCGAAAGAAGAAGGAGUCGCAGAUCCAGGAGAUGCCGGAGAAUACCUCUGCACCACAGCCUGGAACCAGUGCUCAGAGGCGAGCCAGCGGCGAGCCCUCGAUUCCCACAGCCCGCACAGACGGCCCGCAGCCUCCUGACUUUUGCGUCUACUACGCGCUGCCUGACAGCUCGCCGCUACAGGACAUUUUCGAGAGAGACUGGGGCUCGCCACCCGACGAUGUUGAGGAGGCGUCCAAGGUGGCGUACCUCUACGGAUUUGACUUGCCGUGCUAUCGGGUCAACACCUUCCAGGAGAAGAUCCGUGGCACCAUGAAGAAUAAGGCAGAUCGGGAGAGGGACGAGGCCGAAGAAGGCGAAGUCGACGCCGUGGCUCGGGCAAGGAAGGCGACCAGCGAGAUGCUGGCAUCCAGGACUUGCUGCGUGCAUGUGCGCAUGCCGGACUUGGAUCCACAAAUCCCUUCUUUGAAGCAAUUCUCCUUGGAGGUCAGUGAUGAGUGCCUGAGGGUAAGUUUCCCAAUGCUGCCCCGCUCGACGAAGUCCGCCUACGCAAACAUCACCUUUUGGUGGCCAGCUUCCAAGAUGAGAUCACAUUGA